AAACAGACGUCAAUGUCACAAAACAUUUCUUGUGUUUUCACGUGUGGCUUGCGGUCUUUAUAUUUUUCUUGCUGAUAUUUAAAUAAAAGUUGUAUCUAAUAAUGGAAGAACAUGUAGCUUUAGAUUCUAAAAAACAAAAGAAGUUUGUGAAAUCCCUAAAAGGGAUUAAGAAGUUGAUGAAGGAAACUGGUGCUUUACCAGAAAAGACGCAAAAAGAAAAAGAACAUGUCAAAACUGGGAAGAUUAAAAAGAAUAAGAGGCGUUCAAGAAGGGGUUUAGUGUAUUUGUCACACAUACCUCAUGGAUUUUACGAGCAUCAAAUGACAGAAUACUUUAAGCAGUUCGGUGUGGUGACUAAUGCAAGGGUUAUCAGAUCAAAACACACUGGCCGUUCCAAGGGUUAUGGAUUUAUUGAGUUUAGAGACUUGCCAGUCGCUCAGGUUGUGGCUGAAACUAUGAACAAUUAUUUAAUGGGGAAAAGGUUGAUUAAAGCGGUGUACAUUCCCCCCAAAGAUCAGAGAGUAAAUGCUAGAAGAAAGAAUUGGAACCUGCAAAAUAAUCCAGGAAGAAAAUUAAAGUUAAAAAUGAAAAAGUCAUACAAUGCUAAUAAAAGUGAAGAUGAAGAUAUGAAAAUAGCGUGCAAACUUUUUACCAAUUUGACAAAUACAAAGAAUAAACUUAAAGAUUUGGGUAUAGAUUAUGACUUUUUCACACCUGUUGACGUCCCAGAGGGAUUAAUGGAGCAGCUGGAAGUGAAAAAAGAAGCUGAUGACAAGAAAGAUAUUGUAGAUGAGAAACCUAAUAAAAAAAAGAAACAAAAUAAAGGUUUGAAAGAUGAAACAGAUAAAAAAACUAAUGACAUAGCUGACGCAAAAAAAGAAAAACCCACAAUGAAAGAGAAGAAACAAAAGAAAGGAAACAAAGAUAUAGAAUCAAAUGAAAAGAAUACUAUUGCAGUAGUAAACAAUAAAAAUAAAAAACAAAGCACAGAAAAAAUAAAAGAAAAUGCAAAAAAGAAUAAGAAAGAUAAUAUAGAGACUACUGUACAUGAGGCAAUUAAAAAACAAAAAUUGAAAGCAGCUGGAGUUAAACCAUUAGAAGAUUAUGUGUCAAUUGUUAAUGAGGAAGAUAAUGAGAGUGACAGUUCCUACCAGUUUGACUCUGAUGAUUUUGACAAUGAAUUAAAUGCAGACGAUUCUGAUGUUUCUAGUGAUGAUGUUGAAGACAACGAAAAUGAUGAAAGCAAUGAAGAUAACAACAAUGAAGAAUCUGAUGAAGAUGUUGAUAGUGAUAGUAAAGAAAUACCUCUGCAAAGGAAUAACAAGAAAACUAAAAAGAUUGAGGUACCUAAAGAAGCAAGUAAACCAAAAGCUAAACAAGUACCAUUUAUGCAGCUGAUGAAGAGAAAGGCUGAAAAAACGGCUGUACCAUCCAAGAAACCGAAGUUUGAGAAGCAAAAUAACAAAAAGCUCCCAAGCAAACAGUUGAAGAAGAAAAAAUAGUAAUAUUACACUUUGAAAAUGUAUUUUAGGGCUUGUUAUAAGCUUAUUACAUUUGAUUAUUCAACAAUAUAGUAGUU